GGGGAGAAAAAACACCAUAAGUCGAAUAAUUUUUUUAAUUUUACUUUUAAAAAAAAGCACAUUACAAUUCAAAUAAUUAAAAAUUAACAUGCAAAAGUUAGUGAUACCACCGAAUCCCAACUGGUUUAUGCAGGCAAUAUGUCAUUGCACUCCUGACAAUGGAUUAUUAUAUGGAGCAAUGACAAAGGUUGUUUAUAUUCCACCAGAAGAAGAAGACGCAUCAAAAGAUGUUAAAAUUAUUGAUUUAAAGAAUAAGCUUUGUGGAUUUUCACCUGAUCCCGAUUGGGUUGAAUCAAAAUGUAUUGCAGUCAUGAAUGCCGAUUUUAAUGUCUUGAUUUAUGAUUUUGCAAGCGGCGAAGCGGUCAAGGGUCAUAAAGGACAUCAAAAUGAAAAGCAUAAGAUUAACAGCCAUAAUGAAGACACGGCGAUUGUUUUUCUUAAACAGAAGUUAGUUUUGUCAUCAGUCAAUUCAAACGUUAUUAAAUAUUGCUUUGUCUCCAACACAUUCAAAUUAUUUCUAAAACUCUCUGGACGCAAUCCAAUAAUAAUUUUUAAGCAAUCUCCAAAAGAUUCUAACAUUGUUGCAGCUGGAACGAAAAAUGGUUUAAUUUUGCUAAUUUCUGUCGAUAAAAUGGAAGUAAAAACGAAACUUCGUGGACAUGACUCUGAAAUAUCAUCACUUGAUUGGAUCUAUUUACCAUUAAAGCCAUUGAAAGAAGCAAAACCAGCAACAGAUAAUGUAAAAAGAAUUUCACUUCAGAAACUUAUCGCUUCCACAGAUACUUCCGAUUGCUUCGAUAUUUACGAGGAAAAUGUUGAACAAGAAUUCGGCACAUACCGAGAGAAUGUUGAUGAUAAUAGCGAUGACGAAGAAACAAAUCAAGGCGACAUUCAAGAGAAAAUUGUCAGCAAUUCAAAUUUCAAUUUCCUAGAAGCUUGCAAGAACUUAAAAGGAGUCAUUUUGGACGAUAAAAAUGAAGCAACAGGUGACUUAGCUGAAGGUUCAUACGAAGACAAUAAAGACAAGUAUGGAUUAAAGGAUUUGGAUAAUAAUUCACAUCAUGAAUCGUUGGAAUCAAAUGCUUCGUCUCGUACGCCGGUGUUGACAGACGAAGAUGAAGAAGAAUGUCGUGCGCCUUUACAAAAAUUUGAAGUAAUAAAAGAGAAAUGUGAUGAAGAAGUUGUUGUUAAAGAGAAGAACGAAUCCUUAUAUUCGAAUGCUUCAUCAAGAACUCCAGUAUUAACAGAGGAAUCUUUGAAUUAUCUUGAAGAAUGCCAGAGAAUGAAAGAUUUUGUGAUUGUUUCGAAGGAAGACGUUGAACAAUUUGGUGAUGUUCCGGUGCUUGCAUCGGGAUCACGCGAACAAACAGUUUGGUUGUGGGAUGUUAAUGAACGUACAUCAUUGACGAAAAUUCAUUGGCAUCCAAAGGCACGACCGACUUUACCGUCUCCAUUCACAAACGUUUUGUGGGUGAAUCAAAGCAUUUUAAUUGUCACUGACGGAAAUGGAAAUCUUAACGAAUACAAAAUUGAAUUUGAUUCAACGAAAAUGAAUCUCACAGCAAAACAUCAGAAAGAUAAAAAGUUUGAUGCAAAUGGAGUGUUGAACAUCUGCAAAAGUCAAACUGGUUCAGUUAUUUGGACAUCGUCAAUUCAUCGUCACAUCAGUUGUCUUGAUGCUAUGAAAGAUUACGAGAAAAUCAUCAGUCUUGAUACAAUUCAAAUCAGAAUUCAUGUGAUUAUUGAAAAUCCAAUCGAUUCGAAUGUCAUCGCAAUUGGCGGUAAUGACAAACGAAUCUGCUUAUGGAAUACGUCAGAAGCAACUCAUCAUAAAAUCGCCUUACGUCCAUUUAUGAAUAAAAUUCAUUCCUGCGUUUUGAAUUUGAUUUGGCACCCGGAAAAGGAAAAUAUUCUCGUGUUUAGUACACGAGAGGGCCGAAUCGGCAUUUUGGAUGUAAACAAAUCAUCGAACGUUCCAACAAUUCUUUCAUCAUUCUCAUCACAUGAAGUUUAUUCAAUGACUUGGGCAAAGAUUAAGAGAAAUGAAGACGAAAUGUUCAUCAUUUUAGCAUGCGACAGACACAAGCUUGUUUAUUACUCACAAAACGAUCAUUGGAAGUUUCACGUGUUGGAAAAGUUUAAACAAAGCGCUUCAGUUUCAGUUUACAAAAAUGAAAUUCUUCUCGUUGGCACUGACAAUGGCGAAUUACAAUUUGUGGAUAUGGCAAAAGAUUUUAAGGUGAUAACAUCGAAGAAAAUCUGCAACAAAUACAUUGGAAUGAUGACCUGGUAUCGAGACACGUUGGCAAUCGCAACUGAAUAUGGAAUUACUUUGGUGAAGAACUUUUCAGUUAAGAAAUUGACGACAUUAAACGAUUCCGACUUCCUAAAGCUUCAAAGUCAUAAGGGAAGAGUUUUCUCGGUGAGAUUUAAUAAAUCUGGUGAACAUCUCGUUUCAUGUUGCAUCAGUGGCUACAUCAAGGUCUGGAAUGUUGAAUCAAUGUCAGUUGUGUCAAGUUAUUCAAUUGAUUCUCAAGCUUACAGCGCAAUAUUCUUGCCAAGUAAUGAAAAUUUCGUUGUUUGCGGUGGACAAGACUCGACAAUCAUCACAUUUGAAUGGAAGAAAUAUCCUUUCGUGCAAGAGUUCGAAGAAGUUACGUCUAAGAAGAAGCAGUUGCAGAGUGCAAAAAAGAUUCAAUGGGCAGCACAGACUGAAGUUACAGAAAUCAACAAAAGUGGAGAUCGACGACGGUAUGAGAAGAAAGUUGUGAAAAUGGAUGAAGAAAAAGUUUCUGACUUGUCAUGCGACCUUGUGAAGAUGAAAAUUCUUCCGAAAGAAAGUCCAAUUUUCCAAGUAUCAACUCGUGAAUUGUCAUCACAACCUUUGGAGUUUAUCGAGAGACUUUUGACCACAAACAACGUUGAUCGUGAAAUGAGUUUAAAUGAAAAGAUUUUCAUGAGUCGAGAGAGUGCCAAGGAAGUUGUUGAGAAUGAAUUGGAGCACCAGAAGCAACAACUGAUUGGGAAAGCUAAAACUACUGUGGUCUUACCUCAGUUGACUGACUCAUUGAAAAACGACAUCCUGGAACGCAUUGCAACGAAAAAUUUGAAAGACGUUGACGUAGCUAUCGCUCCAUCAGUUUCUUAUGAUCUUUGGCGUAAAUGUUGUCUCGCUUUUGCACAUCAAUGUGUUGAGAAUGGCGAAUUUUUGCAAGCAAUUUCAUAUUUCUUAGCUGUCAAUGAGAUUAACGCUUGCAUCACUCAAUUAUGCGAAGGAAAAUUCUUCAGAGAGGCUUGGCUUGUUGCAAAGAUGAGAAAAGAUGAAUCAGAUCCGAUUUUUGAAGUCAUCAGCAACAAGUGGAUUGGAUAUUUUGAUCAGACUGGAAAUUUCGAGACUGCUGCAGCUUUACUCACCUGCAUGAAGAAUUACAAGAAAGCAGCUGAAAUCUUAGAAAAGCGACAGAAUAAAAGCGAACACUGCUUGAAAAUUCUUAAACUUCUCGUCGAUAAUCAUCAACAAAAAUAAGAAUUUUUUCAACUAUUUUAUUAAUUUUUCCUUUUAUUGUCAUAAGACUUAAACUUGAUAAUAAAAUUAAUUAAAGAAAAUCUAAAUUAAAAUCUAUUUUCCUGGCAGUAGAACUGAUAUUAAAGCAGAAACUAACAGAAGUGCAGCAAACAAACCAAACAUGAGUUGACAAUGUGCAACAAUCAUGAAUGACACAAAAAUACUUCCAAUGACUGCUCCAAU